GCAUCCGGGGAUCAGGAAGUGCUGAUAAGCUAUCUAAGCUAUCUCUGGGAUCCACGAGUUAUCAAUUACACAUCUUGAAUAACUAACACGAAAAAUACCUCUAGCCACAACCGACAACGGCCUCGUCUAGUUGCCAGUCACGUUCUGUGCUCAGAAGUGAAUUCAACCGGAAUUUAUAACUACCGAUUGACCACACAACUCCUAGGAUUGAGUUCUGAUAGACAACAUCCCCGUUCAUCUUCAUCUGAUACUCCAACACAAGUCCAUCUGACUUGAGGCUGAUCGGCAUCAAGAUACCUAAUUAGCUUCGGCUGUCAAGGAUCGACACCCCAGACAACCUUUAACAAGCCAAGCCCGCUCCAACGUUGGCCCAUUUCGAAUUUCCUCACACAACUUCAAUUCACCACUUCAAUAAUGGAUGAGGAUCAAGGACCACAAUCCAUUGCGCCUGAGCAUGCACCAUCCAAGACAAUCGCUCAGCGCUACAAUGGUCUCGUCAAAGCGUUUACAACUAGGCACGGUCUGAUCGGCGAUUACGACUAUGGCUUCCUCUUUCGACCAAACCUGCCUUUCAUGAAGAAGAGCGUUAACCCAAGCCCUUUCUUUGGACUCAACGAUAAGAUGCCAGUUCUUCUUGGUUUGCUGCUGGGGUUCCAGCAUGCACUAGCCAUGUUGGCAGGAGUCAUUACACCACCCAUCAUCAUCAGCAGCAGCGCCAAUCUAUUACCUGAACAACAACAAUACCUUGUCUCGACUGCCCUCAUUGUUUCGGGCAUCUUCUCCGCUGUCCAAAUUACUCGGUUCAGACUUUUCGGCACAAACUACUACCUUGGCACUGGAGUAUUAUCAGUCGUGGGCGUGUCUUUCUCAGUGAUUCCCGUUGCCACCGGAGGCCUUGCUCAGAUGUAUGCUAAUGGUUUCUGUCCUUCCGACUCUUCUGGAAACCCUUUGCCUUGCCCUAAGGGAUACGGUGCGAUCCUGGGUACUUCGGCUGUAUGCGCUCUUGUCAACGUUCUAGUCUCUUUCAUCCCUGCCAAGUUCUUGUUGCGAGUACUACCACCCAUCGUUACCGGUCCUACAGUCAUGCUCAUUGGCAUCAAACUCAUCAAGUCGGGUUUCUCCAACUGGAUGGGAGGCAGCGGAGGCUGUAUGACAGCUACGGAUGGAUUGUUUGCUUUGUGCCCUGAUAUCAACGCACCCCAUCCUCUACCAUGGGGAUCUGCAGAAUUCUUGGGUCUGGGAUUCUCUGUUUUUGUUGCCAUCAUCCUGUGUGAGCGAUUUGGUUCACCUAUUAUGAAGUCAACGUCAGUCGUUAUUGGAUUACUGUUUGGGUGCAUCAUAGCUGCCGCUUGCGGCUAUUUCGACCGAUCCGGCAUCGACGCAGCUCCUGUUGCAUCGUUUGCAUGGGUACACACCUUCCCACUCUCAGUUUAUGGACCCCUUGUCCUUCCUCUCAUCGCAGUUUACCUUGUCUGCGCUACUGAAGCUAUCGGCGAUGUCACGGCUACAUGCGACGUUUCGAAACUCGAGGUCACUGGAAAGACUUAUGAGUCUCGUAUCCAGGGUGGUAUCCUGUCUGAUGGCCUUGCAGGCUGCAUUGGCGCUCUGAUGACCAUGACUCCCAUGUCUGUCUUCGCUCAGAACAACGGUGUCAUUGUUCUCACCCGCUGUGCUAACCGUAAAGCUGGUCUUGCUUGCGCAAUGUUCUUGGUUAUUAUGGGAAUUUUUGCCAAGUUUGCUGCGGCCCUUAUUGCCAUCCCGUCAGCCGUGCUGGGUGGUAUGACCACUUUCCUCUUCAGCGCCGUUGCCGUGUCUGGCAUGUCAAUCAUUGUCCGUGGUGUACCAUUUACUCGACGUAAUCGCUUUAUUCUCACUGCCGGCUUUGCCUUGGGAUAUGGUGCUACACUUCUCCCUACUUACUUUGACAAAGUCUUCACAUACAAGGGAGACAACCGCUCCUUGCAGGGUUUCUUGGACGCCAUCGUUCUGAUUAUGGAGACCGGAUUUGCUAUUGCCGCCAUAGUCUGCGUGGUAUUGAACCUCACCCUUCCUGAGGAGUUAGGGGAUGAGAUUGAUGCUGCACGAUCAACAACCGAUAUUACGAUGCACGAGGAGACAGAGCAGAACAAGGCCAUUGCGGGACCAAGUCGAGAUCACAGCAUCGACCCGAAAAAGGAGGGCUGAUGGUGAGAAUGAAAAGCACAUAUGCUAGGCAUACGAAAAUUAGCACGAUUCUUGUAUUUAUGUAAUUAUCAGGAAAAGACGGGUGUCAUGAAAGAUCU